AUGGCCAGCCAGUCCGGACAUACACCGUCGAGACGCGGCGCGCUCAUCAUCGUCGAGGGACUCGACCGCGCCGGUAAAUCAAGUCAGUGCGAGAUGCUACGAGACUAUCUCUCAAAUCAAGGCCAGGUCGUGAAAUACAUCCGCUUCCCAGACAGAACAACACCUAUUGGGCAGCUCAUAAAUAGCUAUUUACAAGGCUCAUCCAACCAAGAUGAUCAUUCUAUUCAUCUCCUUUUCUCAGCAAACCGAUGGGAAAUCGCUAAAAGCAUUGAACAAGAGAUCGCGACCGGAACAACGGUCAUUGUAGACCGCUACUCCUACUCCGGUGCCGUUUACUCGGCCGCUAAAGCCAACCCCACACUCUCCCUGGAGUGGGCGUGGCAGCCCGAGAUUGGCCUCCCUCGACCAGAUAUUUGUCUUUUCCUGAGCAUCUCUGCAGAGGAGGCUGCGAAACGCGGCGGAUAUGGGGCAGAACGGUAUGAGAAUGAGAAGAUGCAGACACGCGUGCGGGAGUUGUUCAGCACCUUGUUUGAUCGUCAGGAGGAUAUCUGGGUGAUUGAUGCCGGGAAAUCACUGGAAGAAGUGUCACAAGACAUCCAGGGUGUUGUUUCGGGCUGCAUUUCCAACCUCGAUGCGACCGGGCCUUUAGGGACACUAGGGCCCCUUGCCAACUAG